CGAGUCGAAUAAAUAGCGGUGCGUGACACCGGAGCCGGAGCAGACGUCACGGUAACGCAGGUGUUAUUGGAGCUAUUUAUUGCUGCAUUGCACGACACCGACCGACAGACCGACCGACCGAUCGUCCGCGCACUCCCGCCGCAGGCACCAGACAACGGGAUUGUGCGUGCGGGUGUAGCUCCCCGCAAGGCCAGCGAGCGCGCCGUUUCUCGGGGGACCCCUCCGGUCGCGCUCGGGAAUCUCGUCCCCACCGAUGAGCGAGCGGCCGAGGCGCGAACGCGCUUCCACCGAGGGUGCCGCGCGGCCGUCGCGGCGAGACAGGCCGCGGCCCAGGCUUUAAAUUCAAAGACGGAGCGGAUAGAGGAAUGACGCUGGAGAACCCGUUCUUUGUCGUCAAGGACGAGGUGUGCAAGGCGUUGAACAAGAAUCGCGGCUUGUACGGACGUUGGAGCGAGCUGCAGAAUGUCGGGAUUACGUCGCCGACCGGACUAAGCGGCUCAGCCACCGCGAUCUCGCGUACGGACGAGCUCGAUUGGACUACCACCGAACUGCGGAAAGCACUUCGUUCCAUCGAGUGGGACCUCGACGACCUCGAAGACACUAUCUGUAUCGUUGAGAAAAAUCCAACAAAAUUCAAGAUUGACAACAAAGAGUUGACUGUUCAACGGAGCUUCAUCGAGCAAGCGCGAGAAGAAGUCAAGAUCAUGAAGGACAAACUGAAUUUAAGCAGAAGCCGGGAUCGCGACAGCACGGCGAGACAGCCGCUUUUGGACAACAGCCCAGCGAGAGUGCCGGCCAAUCAUGGCACUACUAAGUACAGCAAAUUAGAAAAUGAAAUAGAUAGUCCAAACAGACAGUUUCUCAGUGAUACAAUGCAACAACAGAAUUCUAUGAUAAGACAGCAGGACGAACAGUUAGAUAUGAUUGGGGAAUCGGUCGGUACAUUGAAAACAGUGUCCAGGCAAAUUAACAGUGAGCUGGACGAACAGGCUGUGAUGUUGGAUGAAUUCGGAAACGAGUUAGAGACGACGGACUCCAAAUUAGACGCUACCAUGAAGAAGAUGGCCAAGGUGCUACACAUGAGUAAUGGUAACUAUAAUAAUUACAUUCCUGCUCCUACUACCCCGGUGACAUCCAGUGUCGCCGAUCUCGUCUCUGAUAACAAACCCUCCUCUCUCUCCUCUUUAUCUACCACAAUCGCCAAUUGUUUUCUGUGUUCCAGCGAUUAAUUGUCAUAUUAAUUGUUCUGCGCCUUUGAACAAUUCAAGGAUACCAAUAAAAGAUAUUGUAACUGCAUUUUCGGAUACAUUUUCAAUCUUAAUUUUAACAUACAAAGAAAAUAUAAAAUAAUAACUAUAUGAGAUGAAAUACAUAUAUAAAUAUAUGGAAUAAGAUGAAGAGGAUAGAAAUAAUAUUUUCAAAAAAAGUUACAAUAUUUUGUAUUGAUGCCAUUGAAUUAUUUUCUAAUAAUUGAAUUAUCCUUUAGAAUAUUGUUUAGAUGAAAAAAAUGGCCAUUUAAAAUCUAGAGAAUACACUUAAUUCUACGUAUUUGUAGCGCAAGUUCGAAUUUUAUGUAACAACACAAUUUUAGAAAUGUUUAGAAAUUUAAAGAGUCACAACAGUCUCCUAUUAAAUUAAAAAAGGAUAUCAAUCAGAAAUUUGAUCCAAAAUAUCGUUGAA